CUUUUUUGGGAAAAUCAUUACAAGAAGAACUGAUGGUGCUCUGGGGACAUGACACACCUCUCUAGCCUUAGUGGUUCUUCUCUGAGUCAAAUGAUUUCCCCGAUGAGCCCAGAUGCUUUCUCCUGCAGUUGAACUUCACCCCUUGGCCGAGAAUUGCAUACAGCUCAUGGCCCUCCCCUUCCCACACCCACUUCUCCUAGGUUCCCUUACCCAAAAAUUUCAUCACUUCCCAGAACAGCCAGAACAUUCUUGGAUGUUUCUGCCAGUUAGUGUUUAACCAAAUAACAGUCUCUAAGGGGUAGGUUGGACUAACAGAAGGAUUGAAGCCUGAGACUUAAAAAGACAACUUCUGCAGGGUGAGUCCCUGAGUCCUGGAGGAGAGGGAGAAAGAGAGAGCAAGAGUGGACACAGGAGCAAAACACAAUGGAAUCGACCUUCACCUCCAAGGACACUUAUCUGAGACAUUUUAACCCUCGGGAUUACCUAGAAAAAUAUUACAACUUUGGGUCAAGACACUCUGCAGAAAAUGAGAUACUUAGGCAUCUUCUGAAAAAUCUUUUCAAGAUAUUCUGCCUCGAUGGUGUGAAGGGGGACCUCCUGAUCGACAUUGGCUCUGGCCCUACCAUCUACCAGCUCCUCUCUGCUUGUGAAUCCUUCAAGGAGAUCAUUGUCACUGACUACACUGAGCAGAACCUGCAGGAGCUGCAGAAAUGGCUAAAGAAGGAACCAGGGGCCUUUGACUGGUCCCCAGUGGUAACCUACGUGUGCGAGCUCGAAGGGAACAGAAUCAAGGAGCUGGAGAAGGAGGAGAAGUUGAGGCGUGUGGUCACACAGGUGCUCAAGUGCGACGUGACCCAGAGCCGGCCACUGGGCAGCGUCCCCCUGCCCCUAGCCGACUGCCUGCUCAGCACGCUGUGCCUGGAUGCCGCCUGCCCAGACCUCCCUGCCUACUGCACAGCCCUCCGGAACCUCAGCAGCCUGCUAAAGCCGGGGGGCUUCCUGGUGGUGGUGGAUGCCCUGAAGAGCAGCUACUACAUGAUCGGCGAGCAGAAGUUCUCCAGCCUCUGCCUGGGCCGGGAGGCAAUAGAAGCUGCCGUGAGAGAGGCUGGCUUCUCAGUUGAGCAGUUUGAGGUGAUCUCUCGAAGGUAUUCUUCCACCAUGUGCGACAACGAAGGGCUAUUCUCUCUGGUGGGGCGGAAGCUGAGCAAAUCUGUAUGACUCCCGUGAUUGAAAAUAAAGCAGUUAACUUCUUGGUUCUAA